CAAAGCUACUGCAUCAUACGCCGUCAAUGUCAGUGACGCUGUGUAUUUUAAUCUGGGCUUAUAUUGAAAUUCAGUGAGGGCCGUGCGUGUGUUUUCGUCCUCUUCUCUCUGUCUUUCCCCCUUUUUUUGUCUCAGGCCUAGCGAGUAAUUGUUUGGGAGCGCAGUCGAUUCAGGGCUUGAUGCGGAUGCUGCUAAAGCCGCCCUUGCCGCCCAGGGAUGCAGAGAAAAGGGAGAGAGAGGGAAUCGUGAGGGGAGGGGAAUGAGGCAGAGCAGCACAUAGACAGGCAGUGUAUUUACUACUACUACUAUUCAGCCAAGUGGAAGUAAACCUCUAGUAAAUGGGCUGAGAAGGGGAGGUGCACCAGUGUGUGUGUGUGUGUGUGUGUGUGUGUGUGUGUGUGUGUGUCUGUCUGUCUGUCUGUCUGUCUGUCUGUCUAUCUAUCUAUCUAUCUAUCUAUCUAUCUAUCUAUCUAUCUAUCUAUCUAUCUAUCUAUCUAUCUAUCUAUCUAUCUAACUAUCUAUCACAACCAGGUUAAUAUGAUGCUGCAUGAUUUGAAUCAUGUGAAUGUUACAUGUGAGCAAGCUCCUGUGCUUUAACGCCAGAUAAACAUAAUGGCCUAUUCUUAUCUCCCACAUACUCUGCAGAGAGGUCGGUUUAUUAGGUACACGCACUGCUAAUGUGGCUAAAACUGUCGUGGUCCCAUGCAACAGUCCUGCAGUGAAUCCUGGCUGUUAGACGUACUUUCAAGAUCACCAUUGUUUUGGAUGAUGCAGUUUGUUGUCGACGCUGAUCCGAGACGUGGUCGUAUCAGUGUUUCUGCAUAUUUCUGCAAACCUAGUGAGACGUGUUUUUGAUCUUUAGAGUUCAUUUGCUGAUAUGAUAUGACUCGACAAAUUACCAACUACACUGCAAAGUAUAUUAACAUAAUUUCAUCAUGAAGCUAUUUUAUGUCAGUGCAUAUGAAUUUAUAACCAGGACCAGAUAAACCUGCUCUGCUGCUUUGCUAAGCUCCACACACUCACGUUUCCCCUCUGCCUGUUUUUUCAGGUCGAGGAGCCUUGUUUGUGACAGAUUAUUGAGAUUAGAUAAAAUUUGCACCUAUGAGGUUUUAUUGACAAAUGAUUAGUGGUGAAUUACCAUACAUAAGUGCCACAUUGUGGACAAUUGUGGACUUUGGACAUUUGGACAGGAGUCCUCCACUUUGUCCAGUUGAUAGACAAUUUAACAGCACCAACAGGUUAAAUCAACAACUCCAUAAUACAAAAAUGUCACAAUAACCUUUGUGGAGAUACUUAAUAGCAGGGCUGUUGCUUUAGAUCAUAUUUAUGUUACACAGGUGUUCGCAAUACAGCGACUGUGAUAAGACACUUUUGUUACGCUAUAAAUGUUGUAACCGUGUUAGAGCCGAUGAUCUGGUUCUGGUUCCUACUUGAUGGACAAAGCUUUGCCUUUAAAGUCACUGUCCAAUGUUCAGUUCUGGUUCUUUUCUGCUAAAUACAUGCACAUAGACAGUGUCCAUGACACGUGUUGGCCAACUUGUUGUCAUUAACUUGAACAUGUUGAAUUCCAAACAAUAAAGUAACUACAAGAAACUUAAUAACAGGUCAAAAUCAAACUAAUGUUAGGCUUUGAUCUAUUUAUACUACAGGGAUGUUGUUUUGUGCUUCAUUAGAUGUGCCUUCAUGCAGUUUUGAUUUUAUUUGUGUUUUUAAAAAUCCCACAGCCCAAAAAUGGACUUCAAACAAAUUCAUUCCAGUCUUUGUUUACUUUCUUGGCAACUUCUUGAAUGCAGACACAGAAACGUAAAACACUGUCCUCAGUCUGAACUAGACCCCAAAACAGACACAGACACUGGUCAUUAGGUUUAUUGUGACAGUUUACCUAGAUCUGGUAACUAUCUUUGUGUUAAUGGUGGGAGCUUUAGCUACUAUUGUGUAACUAGUCAUUAUGCAAUUACAAUAUUGUAUAACUCCUGUCGUUUUUCUGUGUUCCUCUAGUGUGUGUGCCCCCACUACCUGCAUUAGGUUGUGAUGACCCACACUACUUCCAAAUGUAUCUGUGACCCUCCCCAAUCCUGACUCCUAACCUCUAAUCCCUGACCUUUGACCCCCCCGCUAUGGGCAGUGUUGGCAGUGGGGUGGCAGGAGAGCAGGAAUUUGCCAUGAAGUCUGUGGGUACGAGGACCACCCUACCUCGGGCCCCUCCUCUCUCUCGCCGUUGCCCUGCAGAUCGCAGCUGCAGCGCAGAGCGGCUCCCCCGACCGCCGGCAACUAUAUCUGAUGGGACGGCUUCUAGCGAUGAACGAGGCAGCGUUAGUAUCGGGACCGGGACCUGUACUGGGACUGACCGGCCCACCGAAACGGCCUCCUCCACCAACACUGAAUGUACCAUGACGGGCCCGUGCAACAACAACCAGUUGGACUGUGGCAACGGAGCGGGCAGGAGGGAGUGGGAGAGGGAGAGGGAGAGGGAGAGGCAGCGAGAAAGGGGGAGAGACAGGGACCGGGACCGAGACUGGGACCGGGAGAGGCUGGAGAGGGAGCGAGAGCGGGAGCGGAACAGGGAGAGGGAACGGGAGCGAGUGGAGAGGGAGAGGCUGGAGCGAGAGAGGGAGCGGGAGCGGGAGCGAGCCAGGGAGAGGGAGAGGGAGCGCAUCGAGAGGGAGAAGAUCGAGCGGGAGAGGGAGAGGGAGCGGGAGAGGGAGCGGGAGAGGGAGCGGGAGCGGCUGGAGAGCGAGAGGCUGGAGAGGGAGCGGGAGCGGGAGAUGCAGGCGGCGGGUUUGGACGCGUGCGGGAACGUUGUAGGCCGAGCGGCGAGCGAGAAGAACGGUGGCGGCAUGAGCCAACACCCGCACAGAGAGAAGGCCGGCGCCAGAGGCGAUGGCGAAAGCAAUCCAGCCGGCCAUAACCCUCCAAACCACAACCCGCCCAAGAUCCUGCCAGUGUCGGGAAAACUGGAGCAGGCGAUGCAGAACAACUCGGGCCUCGUUCGUCCGUCCGCCUUCAAGCCGGUGGUGCCGAAGAGCUUCCACUCCAUGCAGAACCUGGUGGGGCAGGCGGGAGGCGCCGGGAGCGAGGGCAGGCCGGAGGCGAGGGGCGACGGGUUUGAGGGCAGAGGAGGCCGGAGGGGCCGGGACGGAGGAGGGGCAGCAGAAUCGGGGGAGGUCCCCGAGGCGCUGCUGCUGGACCAGGACAGCCCGGUGAGGGUCGGCCGGAACGAGGGCGGGGGGAACGGUAACGAGGUGGUCCAGGGAGGGAUGUCCGACUCAGGCAGGAACUCCUUGACCAGCCUGCCCACGUACACGGGCUCGGGCUCCGGCUGCGGGCCCCCCGCGGUUCUGGGGCCCCUUAGCGCCUCCACCAGCCACAUUAACAGGCUGGGGAUGGCUGGAGCGGCAGUGGGCCUGGAGAAGCUGGAGAAGCCGGGCUACCAGAACGGACUCAGCGCCUCCGAUAGUGGCCGAUCUUCCUCAGGAAAGAGCUCCUCGUCCUAUCAGAGGCUCAGCCACCUGAGCGAUGCGCCGGCGCCUCUGCGGCCCUCCCCCUCCUCCGAUGACAUCAUCCAGGACCUCGAAGACCGCUUGUGGGAGAAGGAGCAAGAGGUGCAGCACAUGCGCAGAAACCUGGACCAAAGCGAGGCAGCCAUCAUUCAGGUGUUUGAGGAGAAGCAGCGCGUCUGGGAACGACAAAUGGAUGAGUUGAGGCAGAACUACGCCUCGCGCCUGCAGCAGGUGACGCGCCGCGCUCAGCGCUCCCAGACCGCCCUGCAGGCCCAGAUCACCCGUCUGUCCCAGGACAAGAGGAGGCUCCAGGAGGAGAUGGCCGCUCUGUUGGCUCAAAGAGAGGAGCUGGAGAGGAAGUGCCUGGAUUACAGGAAAGAGCAGGCGGACAUCUUGCCUCGCCUGGAGGAAACCAAGUGGGAGGUCUGUCAGAAGGCGGGAGAGAUCUCCCUGCUGAAGCAGCAGCUGAGAGAGAGUCAGGCCGAAGUGACCCAGCGAGCGGGGGAGAUGGUGGCUCUGAGGGGCCAGCUGAAGGAGCUCAAUGCCCAGCUGAGGGAGCGGGAGGAGGCCAUGCUGGGCCUGAAGGACUCCUACAGCACCAAGAGCCGGGAGCUGGAGAAGUGUGAGGGCGAGCUGAGGAGGACCCUGUCUGAGGUGUCCGCCCUUAGAGAGAAGCUGGGUGUAUUUGAGGCAGAGGUGCUCAGUUUAAAGCGGGCUCUGAGCGAAGUGAGCAGAGGCGCAGAAGUUGUGGUCAGCCCUAACUUAGCUGCUGCAGGGCUGCUGCCGCCCUGGGGGGUCGUCCACUGCCCACGAAACCCACCCGACUCCUCCGCCAGCUCCCUCACCCCCACGUCCGACACGCUACUGAGCCUUCAGAGCGACGAAGCCAAGGCCCAGCGGCAGGAGGCUCAGCGCCAGGAGAGGCAGCAGCGCGAGGAGGCCCAGUGGCGCGACGUGCAGCAGCGGCAAGACGCCCACAUGCAGCAGGCGGACGCUCAACUGCGCCCAGAGGCCCAGCUCCGGCAGGAGGCCCACCUCCGCCACGAGGCCCAAAUCCGCCAGGAGGCCCAACUGCGCCAGGAGGCCCACCUGCGCCAGGAGGUGCACCUGCGCCAGGAGGCCCAGCUCCGCCACGAGGCCCAGCUGCGUCACGAGGCCCAGCUCUGCCAGGAGGCGCAGCUGCGCCAGGAGGCCCACCAGCCGCCGCGGGCCCCGGAGGGCCACUGGGACGAGGCGGGGGAGCUGCGCAGGCAGCUGGAGCAGCUGCAGGCGGCGCUGCGCCUGGAGCGGCAGCAGCGCGAGCGCCAGGCCCUCAACUUCGACCAGGAGCGGCACACCUGGCAGGACGAGAAGGAGCGGGUGCUGAAGUACCAGGCCCAGCUGCAGCUCAGCUACGUUGAGACGCUGCAGAAAAACCAGGCGCUGGAGAAGCGCAUGAGCCAGCUGGGAGCCAAACCAACCACGAUCUCCACCACCACCACAACUAUUACCACCACCACCACCACCUCUCCCACCUACUCCAACUCCCCUCCCCCGCCUCCCGCCCUCUCGCCUCUGUCUCCACAGCCCCCAGCCUCGCUCCCCGGGCCCAUCGCCCUCACGCUGUCGCCGCCCUGUGAAGACCAGAAGGGCCCCCCGUCCCUCCACCAGCUGGCCCCUCCCUGGGCAGGACCCUCACGCCUGGAGAGGAUAGAGUCCACUGAGAUAUAGUGACGCUCAAUGACACAUUACCCAGUUAACGAGUUUAGUGCACACACAGUGACAAGGCCUCUCACUAAAAACACCCAGUCUACAAUAGAAUAAAUCAGCAUUGUCUGACAUACUCUCCACAGCAACUGCUUCAAUAUUCACAGGCUGAUCAUCUGAACAGGAAGUUGGGUUUUUAACAUCCCAAGGAAGCGCUCUCUCACACCACUGCAUCCCACAAUCAGUGGUCAUGAAAUGUGCAACACUGAUAGAUGCUUGGUAAACGACACUGUUCAGAUUACAGCGCUGAGGGUGAAUGCCCAUGCUAGAAAAGGACCAAGACAAUCAGGCAUAUUGUCAGACAUGAUUGAGGAGGAUAUCAUGCGGUAUUUAUUCAUUGUAAGUCUGUGUCACUGGUAUUGUAAAAGUACAAUUAGUGGUCAGAGUGUGUGAUGUUAACUUGCAUUUUUGGCCAGAGAGCGCCUUACUCCAUUCUGUCCAGCAUGUGUAAGAGAAUAACUAACGCUGGGAAAAGAUAGAUAUAAGAAAAAAAAUCUAAAGUAUCAAUAUUAUUUUCAGUGCUUUAAUUCUAAUCUCAGUUACACAACAUUGUUCCAUAUAGCUGGACUAUUUCCUUUAAAUCCCAGCAGAUGUUGAUGUUAACGUUCAGUGUCCUGGUUUAGAGUCAUUUCAUGCGCAGGGUUUCAACCAGCAUGACCUAUUUUAACACAUCAUUAAGACCAACAGAGUUUAUAUUUUCUACAAAUUGAAUUAAAUAAAUAUGUUUAGCAGAUAUUGAACCCCAAAUAUAGAAUAUGUUUUAAGAUGGGAUGCCUUCACUGCAAGUUGUCUGCGGUGUCUAAAAUCAAACACUAGAGAGCGGUAGGGAGCUUUUCACAGUGUUCUCAACACCAUUUUUUUUCUGGCUGAGCUGUAAGAGGCAUGUGAAUGGAAGCACACAAUUUGAAUUUCAUUAUUAUGACAAUUGUGCCAUUCACAGCCAAGUAGUCUGAGUGAGCAGUCAGUAUCCCCAAAGCUAAAACAUUUUUAUAGAAUGUAUGAUAUCAAAUAAAAAGAAAUACUUAUAAUAGUCAUAGAUUGUAAACGUGUGUAUGAGUGAGAGCACAUGUGGGAGCGAGUGUGUGCAUGUGUGUAUAUGUAUGAAAAGUUUCAUCUUAUGAGAUUGAGAAUAGAGGGACUAGUGGCAAUAUAGCAAGUAAAUAACUGAAGAGCAAAAACCUCUCCAGAUUUAUAAGAUUUAUAUGUCAAAGCUUGACAUGAGCAGAGUGUAGGCAGUGAAAAAUCUGUAGGAGUCUGUAUGCUGGAAAACGUAUUCUGUACAGUUCAUCUAGAUGAAGCAGGAAAGAGAGCAAAAAAAAAUCUGAAAAGCGCGAGCCAGGCUCUGUAAGGAGCAUUGAGGCUAAAUGCACUAUGUAGUGUCCUACACACGAGUUAUGAUGUACAGUAGACUCAGAUGUGAAUAUCAUGGCUUUUAUAUGUGUUGUUUACGCCAGCAUACAAAGAUGUUGCUCAAGAAUAUUAACUUAUCUCUAAGGUAUUACAUAGUAUUAUCAUCUUUAUUACUGUUGUUAUAUUAUGGUGAACUGACAGAGAAAAUAUGUGCCAUUGGAGCUUUCCUUUCUGUGUUUUUUUAACUGUGUAGAAAGCCUAUUGGCCUGCCAAUAUGGUGCAAUCAUAGCAACCCUGCCCAAAAAUGAUGUUCCUUUUGAUGUAGGUGAUAAAUGUAGUUACAGUAAUGCAUUGUUUAGAGAACAAAAUGCUUUAUACAUGUUUGGGAUUUAUUGUUUGCAUUUAUGUUACCAGUACUGUUCCAGCUUGAUUAAAACCACCUCUUUGUUAAAAUUCAGCAGACCUAAUAAAGAUAUGUGAAUAAUUCA